UUAAAAUGUACUAGUUUCUCCUGUGAAGCUUAGUGUGGUUACUAUAAUUGAGUGAAAAUGUCAGUACAAUUAUCAACUUUUUCCUGAAGCAUAUAUGUUAACCUCAGCUCCUCUGGAUGGUUUCCAACAGAAUUGGCAACAGUCUCUUUUGAGCAUCUUCUUCUUUGGGAUUCCUCAGUUGAGAUGGGUAUCAAUGGAGGUUUGGUCAGGAGUGUCUUUUCAAGGAAUAGGUCUUUGGGAACUCAUGAGAGCAAUGUAAGGAGCAAUAUGACAGAAAGGAGAAGAUGGAGCUCUGUUAGAUCAUACUUAUGUGGGGAUGAAUAUAAUUCAGUCCUUGCAGAAAAUGAUUCAUCUUCAGUUAAGAGCUCUGUGGUUACUCCCACACAGCUCAAUUCAGUCCUUGUAGAGGACGAUUCUUCUUCGGUUAAGAGCUCUGAGGCUACUGUUACACAACCGAUGCCAGAAGACUUAACAGACAAGGAUGGCAUCAAAAGAGAAGUAACUAAGGAAGAUAUCGAAAUGGCAAAGAAGGAAUUUUCGGUCUCAAAAACUAUGUCUGAAGAGCAAGCAGCAACCAUCAUCCAGUUAGCAUUUAGAGGCUUUCUGACUAGGUGUCAAAAUGAAGGAAUUAAAUCAAAGUAUGGUAAGCAGGAGCUUAUUGUAGGACCAGAAAGUCUAAGUACGGAGUCUCUGGGCACAUCAGUUGAAGUUCAAACGGGAAAUUCUGUGGAUGUUUACUCAAUUCAAGAAGAAAAUGUGGCUGCUCACCACCGGAUGCAACAGAAAGCUAGAACUCAGGAACUAAAGCUGAAGGAAGAAUGGGAUGAUAGCACGGUGAGUAGCAACAUAUCAAAAAUGAGGAUUCAGAACAGACUGGAAGCAACAACCAGGCGUGAGAGAGCACUGGCUUAUGCCUUUUCACAACAGCUAAGGAUCUGUUCAAAGAAAAGACACACCACAUCUGAUGGCACAGAACAGAACAUGGGAUGGAGCUGGCUGGAACGGUGGAUGGCAACCCGCCCUCCUGAAAUCUCCUCAGUCGAAAGUCAUAUGAGCAAUCAUGUUGAGCCAAUUAACAGCAACCAAAGAUUUGUGUUCGGAAAGAGAUUGUUCGAUGGGGCAGGUGAAGAAAAAGAGAGCUGCGGAUCUAAUGAAGUGAAUGUCCUAUUUGAUAGCUUCCCAGUAACAACAGCAGAAGAGAAAGAUGGCUAUGGUCCAACUCAAAACAGGUUUAAGAAGAACAAAAUUACUAAGUUCCAGCACUCAAUGAUUGUGGCUUCCACAUUGGUACAGGUAAGCAAGAAGGAUUGUUCAAGGGAGGCUGAAAAAGAUAAAGAGCACAACCCGAAGAACACAGGAAGAAUCAAGUACAAAAAUGCUUCAUUUUAAGGAUUAUAAAUUUCCGAUUAUAAUCUUAAUCUGCCCCUGUUAAAGUAAAUAAGGUUAUUUCUUACUGCUUACCAUGCACCUUGUAUGAGGAUUCAAAUGGUGUCAUUGAUUUCCCAUGUAGAUGUUUACGAACAAAUCUCCAUCUUAUUUAGUUUAGAAGUGGAACCUAAGCUAGAAUUCCCAAAAAUCCAUGCUUGUAAAGGAGUUGAUCUAUGAAUAUAUAAGUUGAUGCUUGGUA